GGUAUAACAAGAUUAAAAAUGGUUACAUCGCACAUUUAACACAGUAAAACCAACGACAUUGAACCGCUAACCGUCCAGUGUAGCAAUUCGAGCUCAAACGCGCGCAAUAAACGUUAUUUAAACUUCAAAUGAUGGCUUUAAAAUCAAAUACAAUGUACUUACCUUUAUUUGUAUUAUUAAUUCAUACGUUUGCUGGUUCGUGGAUACAUACGCCCGCUGAGGGUGCAAGAAUAUUAGCCGUGGAGACAGUUGGUGGUAAAAGUCACUGGAACUUUAUGAGUGCAAUUCUCCAGACGUUGGUGGACAAUGGACACAAUAUCACCGUGUUCACGCCAUUCGCCAGCGAAAACCGUGAAAACUACACAGAAGUGGACACUUCUAUGGGAUCUGUGAGAAUAAUGGACAUGCAACUAAAAGAAAUGAUAGAUAAAUACGGAAAUCCAAUUACAAUUAUUAGUGAGAUGUCAGGUAUGAGUAGAAUGCUGUGCAAUGUAGUUUAUGAAAAUAGUAAAAUGAAAGAGAUAUUGGCUAGUACGCGUUCUGACUUCGACAUAGUUCUAAUUGAACCAUUACUCUCGGAGUGCGUGUCGUACCUCGCCGUUAAGUUGAACUUACCACUCAUAUACAUCGUGCCAGUACCAACAAUGGGUAUAAUGGAACGUAAAUUAACGGGACACAUGUCCAAUCCCGCUGUAGUUUCCCUUAAUAUAAUAAAUUUUGGUACUCCAAAAACAUUCACCCAAAAAUCAAUCAAUAUUGCUUAUUUGGUUUACUGCACAGUCGCAUACACAUUCAAUGAACUUAUUUUAAAAUUCACCGAACCGCAAGAGUACGAUUUGCAUGCACCAAUCCCGCCUUCUUUGACAUUUGUAAACAGACAUUUCACAAUCGAACCGGCAAGUCCAAUUGCGUCAAAUGUCAUUGAAAUUGGUGGAAUACAUUUGAAAGCACCCAAGAAAUUACCAAAAGAUAUACUAGAAUUUAUCGAACAAUCACCUCAUGGUGUAGUUUAUUUCACUUUUGGUUCAACUGUUAAAAUGAGUUCAUUACCAGAACAGAUUAAAAAAGCAUUUAUUGAAUCUCUCGCACAAAUCCCUCAUAGAGUAUUAUUGAAAUAUGAAGAUGAAUUAGAACCAAUGCCAACAAAUGUGAUGACUAAAAAGUGGCUACCUCAGCGUGAAAUUCUUUUGCACCCGAAAGUGAAACUCUUCAUCAGUCAUGGAGGUAUUUCUGGAUUAUACGAAGCUAUAGACGGUGGUGUCCCCGUUCUUGGAUUUCCUUUGUUUGGUGAUCAAGCAAGAAAUAUUGACAAUUUAGCCAAUGCAGAAAUGGCUAUUUCUAUGGAUAUUUUUUCAGUAACAAAAGAUACGUUCUUAAAAAAUGUUUUAAAGCUACUCCACAAUGAAAAGUACAUGGCAAAUGCUAAAACUGCUUCGAAAAUAUUCAAAGAUCGAUAUAUGUCACCAACAAGUUUAGUUGUAUACUGGACAGAGUAUGUUCUACGUCAUAAAGGAGCUCCCCAUUUAAAAUCUUACGCAUUUAACCUACCAUGGUAUCAAUACUAUCUCUUGGAUCUUAUUGCUUUAAUAUUAGUUUUUAUUUUUGUUGUAUUUGUUGUUAUCCGCAAAAUAUUUAAAUCUAUUGCUAAAUACUUUUUAAAUUAUUCCAGAAAUACAAAUACUAAAUCGAAAUCUGAAUAAAUCAUAAUAUUACUAAUAUAUAUUUAUUACAAGGUAUUUAUAUAACUAUAUAGCUAUAUUAUAUGGCGUAACUGGUAUAAAAAGCAUUUUAUGAUUCCUCCAAACAAAAUCAAUUGGAAUAGUAUUAUCAUAUUUAUUAAUAAUGAAUUCAAAAAUAUUGUUUUAUUUUAUAAAUAACUAUCACUUUUGUUUUUUUAAAUAUAAGGUAGGUACUACUUUACCUUUGAACACAACUUAUUUGUUUGUGAAUAUUUUGUUAACUUGUUUAUUUGUACUGGGAAACAACAAAAGUUUGUCACCUAUAGGUAGAUGAUAUAUGUAAUUACUGGACGAAAAGCCGAGAACGAAGUUUUGUAAAAAUGACAAUAUUUUAAAUUAUUAGGUACAUAAUUGUAUUUAAUAUUAAAUAGUAAUUUAUUAUUUUUA